UUCAUAAUAAAAAGGAAACAGGAAGUUUUGAUAAAAAAGGAAAACCGUUUUCAUGUUGAUACACAUAAUAGCGUCAAAUGCAGACUUAGAGUCAAGUCUUGGCCUAAAUUCAGUCUUUUUUCACCACUGCUUGCGUUGCGAGGAAUGGUAUAGAGCCAAUGUGAAAGGUCAACUCAUCAAACUUCUGAAAGAAAUUUUUUCAGAAUUAGAUAAGACCUAAUUUUCAAAGAAAAGAAGGCUGUGCUUGGGAAAAAGGGAACUGUAGAUAAAAAAGACAUUGUGAAAGACAAAAGCAAUAUCUGGAAAUGAUUGAAGGCACAAAACAAGCAUUUAGCCGCCUUAGUUCCAUCCAAGUUAUGUUUUUGCUUUUAAUAGCUGUGUGCUUUAUGUACUUGUUGAUGGCAGGAAAGCACGUUGAAAAUGUUUCUGUAGGAACAUCUGCUGUAAAGCAAAUUGGCUUAUCCACUAAAGGAAAGAAUUUCACAAUAGAAGGAAAACACUUCCAAAUUAUGAGUGGAGCAAUGCACUAUUUUAGAAUUCCAAAAGAUUACUGGGAUGACAGACUGAUAAAGCUAAAAGCUAUGGGACUAAACACAGUUGAAACCUAUAUUCCAUGGAAUUUGCAUGAACCAGAACCUGGUGUUUUUGAUUUUGAAGGAGACCUGUCUAUAAGGGAUUUUGUUCUCUUGGCCCAGACUUUUGGAAUAUACGUCAUAAUUCGUCCAGGACCUUACAUUUGUGCAGAAUGGGAUCUCGGUGGCCUGCCCAGCUGGUUGUUGCGAGAUCCUAAAAUGCGAUUGCGAUCAAGCUAUCCUCCAUUUCUAAAGGCAGUUGAUCGCUACUUUGAUAAACUCUUUCCAAUUCUUGCAAAGCUCCAGUUUUCAAAAGGAGGGCCUGUUAUUGCCUUUCAAGUUGAGAACGAAUACGGUAGCUAUGGCUCUGAUCUGGCGUACAUGAGGCAUCUUGUAAAGGGAUAUCGCAAGAGAGGAAUCGAAGAAUUGUUGUUUGUUUCUGAUAAUGACAGUGGACUUGGAAAAGCUCAUAUUAAAGGAACAUUACAAACCAUAAAUUUUCAGACAAAUGCUGCUUCAAUGAUAAAAAAGCUAGAGAAGUAUCAGCCCAACAUGCCGGUCUUUGUAACAGAAUUCUGGUCCGGUUGGUUUGACCACUGGGGAGAAAAGCACCAUACAGUGAAAAUUGAAAGAAUUGAGAAGGCCCUUAGGACAAUACUGGCAAGCGGAGCAUCGUUCAACUUCUACAUGUUUCAUGGUGGUACAAAUUUUGGUUUUAUGAAUGGUGCAAAUUCGAAAUCUGGAAGUCAAGUCUACCUUCCAACCAUCUCAAGUUACGAUUACAAUGCUCCCGUGUCCGAGACUAGUGACUUGACCAAAAAGUUUUAUGCUUUGAAACAAAUAAUUUUGAAGCAUGCUACUGAAGGAUCGAUGCCAAGCAAAUUGGAAACAAUGCCAGAGACACUUGGCAGAGUUAAUUACCAACCAAUCAACUUUGACCAAUACAUGACUCUAAAAGACUUCUCUAAUCAAGUUAAGAGAAUUAAGUCCAAUGAUGUGAUGCCCAUGGAAAUGUUACCCAUAAAAGACGAUUGUGGACAAGCGUAUGGCUACACCUUGUACGCAACCACUAUAGCAGACGAUUCGAGAGUUGUUACGAUUCACGAUGCUGUUGAUUUCGUGACGGUUAUUGUGAAUAAUGUAAUUGUCAAAAAGUUCGAUAAGAUCCAUCUGAAGCAUGCCGUGAAGCUACCUGAACUGAAGAAAGGAGAGAAAAACAAGCUGGAAAUACUUGUUGAGAACUGUGGACGAAUCAACUACGACCAUGCUCUUGAUUCUCAGAGAAAAGGGAUUCGAGGACAUGUUGAUAUUGAUGGCAAGAGGCACAAAAACUGGGUUAUUUAUCCACUUGAAUUCAAGAAAGAACUUAUGUUGAAUCUUCGAGACAGUAAAUUCUGGGAGAAAGAGAUUCCAAAAGCGGUAAACACCCCAGCCCUUUACAAGGGAUCACUUUGGGUGCAGCGAUCCCCACAUGACUGUCUUAUGCAUAUAGUGGGCUGGGAACGAGGUGCAGUGUUCGUAAAUGGUCGUAAUCUUGGGCGUUAUGAUCGACGUGGACCGCAAAGAACACUGUAUGUGCCAAGAUCGUUUUUAAAGCAAGGUAACAAUGAAGUAAUUUUCUUUGAAUCAGGAAGACCAGCAACGACUAAGACGAUUGACUUUGUAAGUGAUUUGCUUUGGAACUCAAAUGUUGACUUUCAUAUUUAAGGUGUACAGACAAAAUUGAUAAUGUCUUCCCAGGGCCCGCGUCACUGAUUCUAAACUAGAGGGGCCAACGAUGUAGAGAAAGUUUCCUCGUACCCCCCUCUAGCCCCAAUUGUUUUCGAGGGUCUAGUUUUAUCAUUUACCCGAACAACAGAGAGUCAGGGUUACGCCAUUUUAAAUUUCUUGGUUCUGGCCCUUUUAGCCCACCACUGGCUCAUUUCAAAGGACGUUGUAUUUUUUAAGCAGUAGUGAAAUAGGGGCCCAGAUGAGAAUUUCAUUUCCGUGUAUUUAUUAAGAAAAUAAAGUAUCUACUUCGUAUUUUUGUCUUGGCAAUUUCUCUGCGAUUAUUUCUACACCUGUUUCUAAGGUGAUUGGUAAAAAGAAAUCGCCACAUCUUAAAUAAGGCCUAGUUUGUACGUUAUGUAAUUCAUUGAAUAUUCAUCUAGGUUUGCAUUUGGA